AUGCGAACUCACUCUGGGAAGCCAGAUGGUGAUAAUCUAGAUCCAGGAGUAACAACGAACGAUGUUCGAAUGACCAGCAAGAGUAAAGACUACCAUUUGUUUCCUUCUGACUUCUAUCUUGCUGGCAAGGAAAUUGGUAGAGAGUUUAAGUUCAUUCAGCAGGAUGAAAAGCCUCAUUCAACACCAAAGUUUGAAAGACUACGAGUUCCUCUUGGUGGCGACCGGAUGUCAAGAGUAAGACUCCAGGGAGUAAAAGCCUUGAAGGAAGAGACACACACUGUGCAGUCGAGAUUUGAUCAGCUCGAACCAGUCAUUGUGGAAAUGUUCCACAUCCUUCAAGAUUUCCUUGAGAAAUUGUGCAAGGCGUUUCUCAAGCUUGUCACGGGAAUGGACAAGGACACACAUGGACAUUUGAAAUUAGUCACUCAAAGAUCAAAUGUUAAUGGCAAAAUCAAGGUGCGGUUUAAGUACAUCCGCGAGGUUUGUGUAGAAGAUAUCGACCUUGGGGGAGGUACCAAAACAGGGGGCCAGGGCACGACUGUUGAAAUUGACGAGGCCAAAUUUGGCGGCGGACCUCUCCCAACGCCAAUAAACCCAGUUACAGAAGCCGUGGUGGACUGUAUAGGCCGGGAGAAUUCAGUGCUGUCAGGAAUUGGGCCGAUGUCCAUGGAUUCAUACAGCUCCUAG